CUUCCCACAGGUGCUCAGUCAGCGACGGCGACGGUCCACCCACGCGAGCAAGUGGUUCUUCCUGGAGAUCAAGUCAAACUCAUGUGCCGGACGGGCGUGCCGAUAGUGUACUGCCGCAUGGAGACCCCCAGGGGCGGCAAACCCUUGUUCCUGAACCCCAGCACGAAAGUGACAACCACUGGGGAUCCCGUCUACUACGGUGAAGGCUACGAGAAGGGCCAGUGUGGCAUGAUGCUCCAACGGGCGUCAGACCGUGACAACGGUGUUUGGAAGUGCACCAUGGGAAAUGCUCAGAGCGCAGAAGAGCUGGUGGAGACCGCCAUCAUCACUGUUGCCCGAGCACCAGUGCAGCCGCAGAUCUUCCUGACACCGUCGGACUCGACAACAGGAGACGGCAAUCGGUAUGAAUUAGUUGCGGGGAAAUCCGUCCACGCCUCGUGUAGCAUCCCCAAUGGCCGGCCACCUGCCAACCUCACCUGGUUCAUUGGUGAUCAACCAGUGACUGACGGAUUAUCAAGGCUGGAAGAGACAAGAGGCACAGUAAAUGAGACGUGGACAGUAUCACAGAACUUGACAAGAGAAGUCACAUGGCAAGAUAAUGGGAAAUAUUUACGUUGCAUCUCCCAGCAUCUUGCACUGACUAAUGCUGCAAUGAAUGAAAGUAGAAUUAUGCUGAAUGUAACAUAUCCACCUCAGCCACAGUUAUCCUCUCCAACUGAGCAGUUUGGAUUUGAAGUUGGUAAGGAAGGAAUAAUCAAAGUGCAAAUCCAAGCAAACCCAACGCCAAGAGUAGUAUGGGAAGUUGAUGGAAAACAGGUUCAAGAGGGUUCCACUGAUCCUGAAAACCACUAUCAAGCAAGCAUUCCAGAAAACUUGGGAGGAGGCACAUGGGAAGCAACCUUAAGAAUCACCCGUGUUGAAGAGACAGAUAUAAAUAAGCAGUUCACACUUAAAGCAUCAAAUUACUAUGGAUCAGCAACUUACAAAAUAUCUCUGUCUACAAGUUCAGAACCUACAGCUCAAAAUGGAUUUUCAGUGAUGGAGCUUGGAGCUGGCUCAAUUAUUGGUAUUGUAGUGGCAAUCCUCUUCGUGCUACUUGUCAUCUUCCUUGUGAUUUUUGCCAGAGCAACAGGCCGAUGGUGUUUUGCGGGUGGAGUAUCCUCAUCGCGAAAUGACAUUCGAGAGUCAAGUGACACAGAAAGUGCUGAUCACGGCCCUGCAAACAAGACAAAGACACCAAAGAUGAAUCUCAGCUACAUUUUCAACAAGAAAAAAGAUAAAGUAUCUGAUGAGCCCCCAGAACCUCCCAAGAUGGAACCAGAAAUGCAAUCAGCAGCUGAGCCUCUCCAACAGAAAACAAGUCGUGGUGACAUAGUUUAUGCAGAACUUGAUCUGAAAGAUGUAGCGGGAAAACCACGACCACAGGUUCGACCAGAGGAGGACAGGACAGAAUAUGCAGAAAUUGUGUACACAGCGAAGUCAAAAGAACCUGAUCUACAAGAGAAAUAAGAAGAAACUCUUAAAUGUAACAUAAUGUAAUUUUUGUUUUCUGGAAAUGAACAGUCUUGUGUUGAAAUAACUGUGCAUAUGAUUGCAUUGCUAAUUCAGAACACAUGCACUAAUGUUUUGCAGCACUGAGUUGUGUUGACACUCACUGAAAAAAAAAAAACAUCAAAUUGUGAAAUUAAUAACUACAUAUAUAAUUACAUGACAUUAUUGAUAUUAAUAGGGAAUAAGUAAUUUUUCCUACAUCAGUGUCUCAUAUUAAGUGACAAAGCAGCUUAGUGUCUGUAUAUGACAAUCACCUUCAGCUUUAUUCUCUCUCUCUCUCUCUCUCUCUCUCUCUCUCCAAAUUAUUGGGAGUAAUGUCUCCUGGCACUGUAACAUGAAUUCAGAGCUCCACAAUGUCAGCCCCUUAUCCUUUCUUUUCUGGGCAUGUUUGUUUCAAACUUUGUGAGUGUCAUUCUCUGGUUUGUCGUCUCCCUAUACCUUCCCAACAGGCUCUCCCUUCCUUUCUCCCUUUAUUUAAGUUUUCAGAAUUGGAAUAAUCUCAAGAUUCAGUGUACAUGUAACAACUGUGGCCAUAUCAAUCAUUUCCGCCCUGUAAAGAGAACUUUUGUUCAUCUUCAGUAACAGCGACACUACGAAGUUCUACCAUACUGCAUUUUAAUUCAUUGAUUUCUUAAUUAACUGUUCAUACAGUAUAUUAUUGAUACUACUUUCAUAACUGUCUUAUAUUUGGUUACACUGGUUAGCUGCCCAAUAAGGCAUUAUUUGUGAAUGCAGGCUUCCUCAGUCAACUGCAUUGACAAAUUCUUGUCAGGAAAUCAGCAGAGUAGUAUUUUUCUUUCAGAGUGAUCUUUCUUACUUGAUGUCUUCUGGCAAAAUUUGCUUCUUGAAACACUGCUAAACUGAAAAUAUUUCUCGGCUGAUUUCCCCAAGAAAAACUAUCAAGAUAUUAUUUGUUCUUCAUUAUACAUAUUUUAGCUGUAGUUGUAUGAACAUGUGACAUGAUUGAUUCAUUAGCUUUUAGUGUAAUAAUAUAUGUAAAUAAUAGUGUAAGUUGAUGAGUGCACAAACUUAGACGUGCUCUUCAUAGAGUUAAAAGCACUGGAUAGUGAUAGUAAUAGUUCCAGCUAUGAUUGUACAUGUUUCAUAAGGGAUGAAAAUGAUGAAAGAAAAAUGUGGAGCUCACAUGCAAUAAGAUGGAAUGUCAAGUCUGAGAUUCAAAUAGGAUCAUUAUACCUAUAGCCAUUCAAGUAGGUGUUUGAUCAUACCAGUGCUGCCAGUUCAAAAGAGUAAUUUGUCACCACAUUUUUCAGUGUCAUUUAUUGCAAAACAGUAUAAAUGUAAGUGAUGGAUGUACCAUGACCACAGAAAAUACCUACACUGUCCAGAAUAAAUUUACUUAUGAAAUUAAAAACACUUUUACUGCAUAAUAUUGCAGCUGUAAGCACAUCAUCCUUUAUGAAAUAUUUGUAUGACAAUGUGGAUAUGUACGGUCAAAAACUUAAAGAUCUCAGAACACAGCUUUUCCCUAUCUUUCACAAACUUUUACUGUGCACAACCUAGGUUUUGGGUUCCAUGCCUGCUUUCAAGUGUUAUACUUUUGCAAAGGUGAUAUUAUUGAACACUAGUCUGGAAUCAUCCACAAGCAGUGAGUGAGAUAACUAGAUUUGAUGAUUUAGUAGCUGCACGGGAUUAUCUGUAUGUUGUUUUUGCAUAGUAUAUCUUCUUAAUGCCCUGAAUGUGUUUGAACAUCUAUAACAUAUUUCCAAACAACCAAACUACUUGAAGGUGAAGUUAGUUUUCUGGGAUUUCCAGCAUCUAUAAUGUUUCUUCUACUUGAGACUGAGCUACAUGUUUUUCCUACAAAGAAUGAGCUACACUUCUUGCACAUGAUCUUGUAAUUUCACUUUUAUUCACCAAGGACUGCGUGCUUGUAGCUGAACAAAUGUUUACCUUUUGUGUCAAUAACAUCAUUGAUAACUGAAUAAUUUUUAGGUAUCAAGUUGGUGCCGAUUCUGACAAUUUUCUCACAUAUUGCCUCAUGCACUUUUUCUUGGUUAUCAUUUGAAAAAGUAUUAUUGUUAUUACUAAAAUGUUUGUCUUCCACAGAGUAGUCUACUUUUGAGGGCCAGUGGGUACUUAUUUCUUGGAACUGUUGUACCAAUAGUUUGUAGUCCAUAGUCAAAAUCAACUGCAAACAAAGUGCCGAAAGCAAGUGGUCUAACGUAUAACAAGCAUGUUUGUAGAGAACUGGAUGAAUUAAUGCAGCUGAAAUAAAGAAACUCAUUGAUGCACCCUUUUUGGGUAUUUUUGGCUGAUGGAUUAUGGUAUGGAUAUCUUUGGUAAAAUGUACACAGUUGAUGGCAGUGCCUUGUAUUUCCAUAUUGAACUAUGUAUGUUGCUUACUCAUCAAACAGUGAACAUCCAGGAUAGAAUAAUGACAGUAUUGUGAAAAGUAUAGAUUGCUACUCACCACAUAGUGGAAAUGUUGGAGUCGUAGACAGGCACAGCAAAAAGACUGCUAAACACAUAAGCUUUCAGCCAGAAGACCAUCUAUGAA